UCACUUCUCUCCCCUCGAGCCAUCUCCCCCGCCUGACCCUUCAAUCCAAACCAAUUCAUCAAAUGCUCCAUCAUUUGCACACUUUGCAUCCAAACCGUUGUCCCUCUAGCCUUCCAGUCUACAUAGUAAUAAACUAGACCCGCAACCAUGGGUGGAGACGUUCCCCGGCAAGCUCCCAGCGCCCUUCCCCAGACUCCCGCGGGCCCCGUCGGGCAACGCAUCAAGAACAUUUACACCGACCGGCUCAAGCAAUUCACCGCUACCGGUCAGUACGACGGCCAGAACCUCAUCUCCAAGCUGGCCGAGGCCGUCAACUCCGACGAGAACCAUGUCAAGCUUUCAGUAUAUUCGGUCCCCAACUUGCAGCGUCCAACCUUCAAAGAGGCUACCGCCAAUGAGUUCAAGCCCACCCAUAUCGGAGCCUCAUUUGGCCCCAGCUGGUCCACCCAUUGGUUCCGUAUUCGCCUGACGGUCCCCGAGGAUAUGCGUCAGAAAGAGCGCUUGGAAUUCCACUGGGAUGCAAACAAUGAGGGCCUGGUCUGGACGGAAGAUGGCCGGCCCCUACAAGGCCUCACCGGUGGCAACGAGCGUAUUGAAUGGAUCAUUCCCGAUGCCUGGCGUGACGGAAAGGAACACACCUUCUACAUCGAAAUGGCCUGCAAUGGCAUGUUCGGAAAUGCCCCGGGCGGAGAUUCAAUCCAGCCACCUAACCCUAACAGAUAUUACACAUUGCACAAGGCACAGAUCACCGCCGUCAACCUGGAGGCACGGGCGUUGUUCUAUGACUUCUGGAUCAUCGGAGAUGCGGCCAGAGAGUUUCCUGGUGAUUCCUGGGAGUCUCAUGAAGCCAAUAUGGUAGGAAAUGCAAUCAUGGAUGCGUUCAUUGCUGGCAAUGGAAGCAAUGAAUCAAUCAAGGAGGCACGCAAAAUUGCCAGAAAGUACCUGGGGGACAAGGUUGAUUCUUCGGAAGUGUACGAGACCGACACACAACCCAUUGUCUACGCCGUCGGACAUUGUCAUAUCGACACCUGCUGGUUGUGGCCCUGGGCAGAAACCAAACGCAAGGUUGCCCGAUCAUGGUCGAACCAGUGCGACCUAAUGGAGCGAUACCCGGAGCAUCGCUUUGCUUGUUCCCAGGCACAACAGUUCAAGUGGCUGAAACAAUACUAUCCCUCGGUUUUCGACCGCGUGAAACAAUGGGUUAAGAAAGGUCAUUUCCAGCCAAUUGGUGGUAGCUGGGUCGAGCAUGACACAAAUAUGCCCAGUGGAGAGUCUCUUGUGAGACAGUUCCUCUACGGGCAGCGCUUCUUCGAGAGUAAUUUCGGGGAACGCUGCACGACCUUUUGGCUUCCGGAUACCUUUGGCUAUUCCACGCAGAUACCCCAGAUAUGUCGCCUGGCGGGAAUGAGUCGCUUCUUUACUCAGAAGCUCAGUUGGAAUAACAUUAACAACUUCCCACACACUACUUUCCAGUGGGUUGCACUCGAUGGGAGCCAGGUUAUCUGCCACAUGACACCAGCGGAAACUUAUACUGCCAGUGCUCAUUUUGGCGACGUGAAGCGCAGCGUGACUCAACACAAGUCGCUGGAUAAUGAUAACACAUCGCUCUUAGUAUUUGGCAAGGGAGACGGUGGUGGCGGGCCAACCUUCGAGCAUCUGGAGAAGUUGCGUCGCUGCCGUGGUCUCAGUGACAAGGUAGGCUUGCUUCCCCGUGUGAAGAUGGGGGGUUCGGUCGACGACUUCUUUGAUAAGCUUGAGAAGAAGGUGGAACAAGGCACCCGCUUCGCUACGUGGUACGGGGAGCUGUAUUUCGAGCUUCAUCGGGGCACAUACACCACACAGGCCAACAACAAGCGCAACAACCGUAAGUCUGAAUUCCUGCUGAGGGAAAUUGAGUAUCUCGCCACUCUUGCUACCCUCACGCAGACUAGUGGUGAUUAUAAGUACCCUAAGAAGGAAAUCGAUGAAAUGUGGGAAGACGUGCUCUUGUGCCAAUUCCAUGACUGCCUCCCUGGUAGCUGCAUUGAGAUGUGCUAUGACGACUCGGAUGAGCUCUACAAAAAGGUAUUCGAAAUCGGCCAGAAAGCAAGGAAGGAUGCUCUCAAGGCUCUAGGAUUCGGCGGCAAGAGUACCAAGGGUCUUGUUGCCAUGAACACAUUGCCAUGGCCUCGCUCAGAAGUUGUCAAGGUUCCUGCUGAGUUUGCAACCGCGGGUGUCCCCAAGUACGCAAUUGUCAGUGGUGAAACUGGUCUCAUUCAGUGCCAGCCUUCUGCAACCUCCAAGACAGUACCUGCUGUGACUGUCUCUGAGAUCGAGCCUGGUGUAUUCCGUCUGCAGAAUGAGAAACUGAGGGUGGAUGUCCAUGAAGGCAUUAUAACCUCCCUGUACGAUCUUGAAGCAAAGCGCGAGAUUAUUGCCAAGGGCGGAAAGGCAGGGCAGCUUGUCAUCUUUGAUGAUAAGCCACUCUAUUGGCAAGCGUGGGAUGUUGAGGUCUUCCACCUCGAAUCAAGAAAGGAGUUGCCAUCCGGGAAGACUACUAUUGCCGAGAAGGAUCCGUACCGUGUCAGCGUUGUCACUGAAACCCCAAUUAGCGAGAACAGCUGGGUCAAGACGACUCUUAGUCUAGCUGCCGCGGUGGGAGACCAGCCAUCCUAUGUCGAGAUGGAGAGUGAAGUCGAAUGGCGGGAGACCAUGAAAUUCCUCAAAGUCGAGUUUCCGGUUGACAUCACGAACACCGAGGCAUCGUAUGAGACACAGUAUGGAAUCAUCAAGCGCCCGACGCAUUACAAUACUAGCUGGGACAUGGCCAAGUUCGAAGUGUGCUGCCACAAAUGGGCAGACCUGUCUGAGAAUGGCUACGGUGUUUCGGUCCUCAACGACUCCAAGUACGGGUUUGCGACUUGCGGUAACCUGAUGCGCCUUUCUCUGCUGCGCGCAUCGAAGGCACCGGAUGCUCAUGCAGAUAUGGGUCAUCAUCGCAUCCGCUACGCAAUUCUCCCGCACGCAGGACCCUUGGAUUCACGCACGAUCCGCGCAGGGUACAACUUCAACCAUCCCCUUGUUCUUGAGCCCGCAUCUGUCUCCAAGGCCACGGACGCGUUCAAGUCUAUCUCACUUGAGGGUUCUCCAUCGCUCGUAUUGGACGCGGUGAAGCGCGGCGAGGACGACGAAGACGUGUCGCGUGACAAUCUGCCACGGCGCGCAGGCCAGAGCGUCAUCCUCCGGAUUUACGAGUCAUUGGGCGGCAAGAGCCGUGGAACCAUCAACACCAAACUUCCAAUCAAAAAAGCGUGGAAAUGCAACAUUCUCGAAGAUGAUGAGACGGCUCUUACACUGUCCAAGGGCGACACGGAUACCACAAACAUCGAUAUCGAGUUGAGGGCUUUCGAAGUGGCGACGUACAGACUGCAGCUAUAGCCGGUUUCUAUCAUUGUCGCGUCAGAGCAGGGAGGGAAGUCAUCCUGUGUAUUUGAUUCCAAAAUGAAACAUAUCUUUCAAGAUGUACAAUCUAGCAAGUCAGCGCCGAUGCAGUCUAGUAAUACAGAGGAUAUCACAAACA